AUGGCACCAAAGGCAGAGAAGAAGCCAGCAGAGAAAAAACCCGCUGCAGAGAAGGCUCCGGCAGAGAAGAAGCCGAAUGCUGGGAAGAAACUUCCCAAGGAAGGCGCGGUUGCCGGAGACAAGAAGAAGAAGCGAGCGAAGAAGAGUGUUGAGACAUACAAGAUCUACAUCUUCAAGGUGCUGAAGCAGGUUCAUCCUGAUAUCGGUAUUUCGAGCAAGGCUAUGGGCAUCAUGAACAGCUUCAUCAAUGAUAUCUUUGAGAAAUUGGCGCAGGAGGCCUCUAGGCUUGCCAGGUACAACAAGAAACCUACGAUUACUUCUCGGGAAAUCCAGACCGCUGUGAGAUUGGUGCUUCCUGGGGAAUUGGCUAAGCACGCUGUUUCUGAGGGUACCAAGGCCGUUACCAAGUUUACUAGCUCUUGA